UCCUCAGUCCCUCUUGUUCUGUUUAAUAAAGAUACCCAAACUCAUUUAGUGGCUGUUGAUCUUAUCUGCCAAGGUGCACAUGGAGGGACUUCAGGGGAUAAUAACAACAUGUGUAAUGCGUGUCAUCAGAAUGAAUUAAACAGGUAUUUUGUACCUCAUUUUUAUGGCUUAUCACAGAGAGCUCAUGGGAGCAGGGAGAUGUCAGAAUACGAGAGAAUGCGCCAAGAGAAUAUCAGACGGAACAAUGAAUAUUUUGCAGGCCUCAACUUAAGUCAGGCAAAGCUUGAUCUGAAUAUGGCUAUGUCAAGUUCUGGCACUACAAAAGUCAAGGAAAGGGGCCUGUCAAGACCCAAGAAGAGCUCUAAGGUUGGACCAUUACUUCCCACACGUCAGUCACUUCGUCUGCGUAAUAAAGAUCCUAAUGGUAUUGCACUUCCUGAUCAACCACUUGAAAUAUCUCAGCCUGUCGAUGAACAUAGAACCUUUCGUUACUUUCCACGCCCAGUAAAGGCAGUUGGAUUAAAGCGUAUUAGCUCAGUUGUAGCAUCCCAAACAUUCACUGAAAGUCCACGAAAGCUGGGCCCUUUGGAAAUGAAGCCUUGUAAUAAUGUUGAAGAAACACAUGCACAAGAGUUUGUUGAUGAACUAACAGUCCUGGCUAACAUAUUGCACAAGGCCAAAGAAAACAGAGAAGAUACUGUAAAAGAUAUGAAUGUUGAAAGCUACAAAAAGUGCUUGGGAAGCCUGAAAAUCAAAGAAGGUCACAUAGCUAAACUUGUUCCACAUAGAAUUUUCUCCAUGGCAUUUCACCCUGCUAAAUAUAAAACGCUUGUGGUAGCUGGAGAUAAGUGGGGCAACCUUGGUAUUUGGGAUGUGGACUCCACAAAAGGUGACGAUGGUGUAUACCUUUACGAGCCACACUCUCGCCCUAUCAACUGCAUGUCAUUUGACCCUGACAACUGUGGAAAGCUCUUAACAUGUAGUUAUGAUGGAACUUUGAGGUGCUGUGAUUUCAAGUCGGCUACUUUCCAGGAGGUUUAUUCAUUUGAUGAAGAUGACUAUUCACGAUUCAUGUACUUUGCCUUUGGCUCACCGAGCAGCAGUACGAUAUUAGCAGCAAUUGACACUGGCUAUGUCUUGGUAGUUGACACAAGAACUAAACGCAACGCCAUAGCAGAGCAGAGUUAUUGCCUUCAUGACAAAGUGAUCAAGUGCAUCGAUGUCCAUCCGUUGAACCGCAAUCUUUUCCUCACAUCCUGUAGUGAUGGGUCAGUAGCGUUCUGGGACAUACGCAAUAUAAAAAACAUGAAAUCAAAGCUGAGUAGCUUACAGCGGACCCGUGUUGCUACCUCAGCUUAUUUCUCUCCCUUAACUGGCAGCCAAGUCUUGGUGACAUCCAUGGAUGAUUACGUAACCAUUAAUGAUUUGGACCCAUCAGGAUUGGUUUCUACUUCAGCCAGGUGCUGCUUCAGCCAUGAUAAUCACGUUGGUCGGUGGCUGACAAGUUUUCGUGCUACCUGGGAUCCGAAAUAUGACAAAUAUGCAGUUGUUGGAAGUAUGAGAAGACCACGACAGAUUGAUAUUUUCUCUUCUGAGCAAAAGAGCACCGCGUUGAUGCGCUUGACUCACGAGAACCUUAAUUCUGUCAACUCUCUCAAUGUGUUUCAUCCCUCGGUGAACAUGCUGGCUGGAGGAAAUUCAAGUGGAAAGGUUUACCUGUGGACGGAGUGACCAUGGAUGGCCUGUACGAAUGUUUUCGCAAGUUUUUUUUUUU